GAUUCAAAGGAGGACCAAAAUACUCAGAAUUACUUACUAUAAAUAUCAAAAUAAUUCCUAUGUAAUCUCUCUCUGAUUCUGAUUCUAUAGGAAGUGUGAAAUUAAGCAAGCAAGCAAAAUCCUUGACUGAGAAAAUUUCUUAUUAUUUUUUUCUUUGAUUGAAGCAAGAAAAUUGGAAUUUUCCUGGAUUUUAGUCAAAGCAAGAAAGCUCUGACUUGUUCGAAAAAUAGUCUAGUAUCUCAAAAAGAAAAUAAGAAAUUAUCUUUUAAGAGUUUUAUAAUAUUUGCUAUUAAUUUUGGUCAAAUAAUUUAAUUAUGUUUGCCUUAAAUAUGGCAUUCAUGUGAUAUGUCUUUAUAGACGAUUAUUUAAUGGCAUUUAAUCCAUUGUUAAUUUUUUCUUUGACUAAAAGAUGUUUCAUUCUUAAUUCCUUUGAUAUAUGAUGGCAGAAGGUGGCUAGGAUAUCUUGGGUUACUCUUUUCUAUAUAUACAUUUUGAAGUACUUAUGAAGCGGAAAGAACAUGCUUCAGGUUGAUGGUGAUGCUGUCGAUGGUGCUACCAGAGGUGCUGCAGGGAUAGCUGUGGGAGGUUCUGUUAUGGAUGCUGCCAAAGGUUCUUUUGGAGGUUCUGUCGGGGUUGCUGCCGAUGGUGCUUCUGGAGCUGUGGAGUCUGGUGAUUGGCAGAUUCAACUUCUGCCUAGUUCUCGUCAAAGGGUUGUCAACAAGAUAAUGGAGACCAUAGAGAAGCAUUUUGUCUUUGGGAAAGAAAGAGAAGAGGAACUUAAAAAAAUUGUUGUGAUGUUUGAGGAAGAGAUCUAUACUGCCGUUACAAGUCAGGUAGAUUAUCUCAGGAAAAUAUCCUCCUGGAUAGGUCAGAAUGCCCUUGGCCCAGGUGAACAACGAAAUCUCAUGUGUUGUAUUUUGUGUAAAUUAGCUUGGACUGUUGUACUAUUACUGUAGGAGAGAAGAUCUAUGAGACCUAAUUUUCCUGUAAUUUGUUGAUUCACGUCGAUGAAAGUUGUUGUGUGCCACAUAAAUUGAUGGAUUGUAUGAAUCCACCACUAGUCAAGGGACCAAGUCCUUUGACUGAGCAUGACUACAAGCAGUAAGAUAUGAAUAGUUUGCGUAAAUACUUCCUUACUCAAGAGAGUAAAAUCACAACCUACCUCUUAGGAUUUCACCAACAAAUUCUAUAAAGCGAUAUUAGAUUACAUGACUCGGAUAAUAUUAAGUUUAACCUCUUAAUCCCAUCCUCUUAUAAUAAUACAACACGAGCCAUGCUACAAUACCUCUAUUGUAGCCUAACAAUCAAUGCACUCUAGUUGACCACCACCGGGCUAACUCUACCGACUCUAUCAACUUACUCUAGUUGACACCAUCGAGCUAACUCUAGUCUACUUCAUCAACUAAAUGUAGUUGACACAACUAUGGCUAAUUCUAGCUCACAACUCAACGGCUAACUCUAGCCCUCAACUAGGAUCUGCAUGAUAAGAGUGAAAAUGAAAUACCUAUACAAGCUUCUCAAAAUGAGGAGUAGGUUUACAAUAAAGAGAAAAGACAAAGACUAAACAACCUAAACCUAAAGACACAUUUAGCUGUAGAAAAAUGGUCCCUUGAUUGUUGAAGCUUUGUCUUGUUGAACAUGUUAGGGUUUUUGCCUUGAUUUUCUUAUCAAAAUUAAGUUAUACUUUUCCUGAAAGAAAAAAUAUGAAACUUUUCCUUUUUUGACAAACCUAUUUCUUGGAGGAAAGAUUUUAGACAUCUAUAAAUAGAAAAUCCCUUUCUCAUACAACAACAGAAGGGCAUCCACAAUGUAGUCAUUUAAGAGUUUUGGUGAGGGCGAGAUUUUCUCUCUCAUUAGUUUUUGUGUGUUUUUAAAUAUUAGGUUUUAUAAUAUGUAGGCCAAUUGGCCAAAAUAUAUAAUAAUUUUAUGAUUUUUAGUAUUAUUUUCUUUGUCGUCUGAUUUAUCAUCUCAUAGUUUGCAACUAAUAGCUUCUGUACGAUGCCCUCUUAAUUUCAAACCCAAUAAGUGGUAUCAGAGCCUAUAGUUCAGUGGUUCAAAUUGAAGACAUCCUAAGAUUAAAGUUGCAAUCAAUUUUAUGAUAAUGAAGAUUUUUGUCCAACUACAUGUAUAGAGAAAAAUUUCAAUCAUAUUUUCAACAUUCUUGCUGCUACAACUUUAAAAAUAAAAAAUUAAUUUUUAGUUCAU